AAAGCUGAACUACAACAGACUCAUUCACUGACUCAAAAACACUCACAAACCCCAAGAGCAAGUAUGGACCAAGUCAAGUUCAGCAGGGAGGUGAUGAAUAUUAAGGACCACAGCUCAGGACACUUGUCCCAGGACAUGGUCAAGAAGCUGAUCCAACAGUCUCAGGAGGCAAAGACGCAAGCCUACUGUCCUUACAGCAAAUUCAGGGUGGGGGCUGCUCUCCUGACCCCAGAUAACUGCGUGUUUACAGGUUGCAACGUGGAGAAUGCGUGUUACAACUUGGGUGUGUGUGCCGAAAGGAAUGCAAUCUCAAGGGCAGUGUCAGAAGGCCACAGAAGUUUCAAAGCUAUUGCAAUUGCCAGUGACCUGGAUGACCAGUUCAUCUCCCCGUGUGGUGGCUGCAGGCAGUUCAUGAGAGAGUUUGGGCCAAAUUGGGAUGUGUACCUGUCAAAGCCUGAUGGCUCAUACCUGCAGAUGACUGUGAGCGAGCUGCUGCCAGCCUCCUUCGGCCCUGAAGACCUAUCCAUGAAGAAAGUGUUUGACAUUCCUAAUGAGUACUGAGCCUGUACUGUAGUACAAACACACACACAAAGUGUUGGUUCCUUGGACCAUAUGACAUGUACUGUGUAUAAUGCUGCUGAAAAUGUGUAUUCAUAUUUAGCAGUAGUUCUAUUUAUGGUAAAUAUUUGUUCUUGUAUCAUCUACUGAUUGUAAACAAUGUCAGGUAUUUAAAUCUACUCCAAGUACAGUGUAAUUUUGUUAAUUUUAUUUUAUUCUAUUAUUAACAUCAAGCUUAUUGUUAGCUGGACUAUUCAUUGUGCCUUAAUUAGUGAUCAAUUUCCCUGAAUUAACAUAUUUAAUUUUUGUAUAUGCAAAUAUUUCAUAGUUUAAAAAACGCGUAAAUUACAUAAAUACCAAAGCAGGUCAAAGUUAUCUGCACAUUUUAAUAAAUAAACUGCUUUAAAAAGAA